AUGGAUUUUAUAAUGUUGGAAAAGAGGAGACGAACCCAAAAAGAUCUGGUUCUGAGACAGAGGAGAGGAAUCUCCCAACACAAACCGUUGUUCGCUUUAGGGCGAAAAGACAAUCAACCCCCGGAUAUGGACAAUGAAGCCUCAGAAAUGGCGUCUAAAAGACAGAAUCUGGAGAAAAUGAGAAAGAUCCUGAGACAUGAAAUCCUUACUGAGAAAAGGAAAAUGGAGAACCUCAAGGAAUCUAACUCUGCAAACUCCGCCAAUCAAGAACUUCAGAGGACCAUACUUAACACCUUAAAGAAAAUCGGAGAACUGGUCCCUGAAACAAGGAGGAGGAACAAAAAUGAAAUCCUCAAAAAGCGGAGAAAUAUCAUCAGUGUAGAGUUGGAAAUGGAAGAGGUUCUCCAAGAAACACCAAGACAUGUCCCAAUCUCCAGAUCUGAGACCCCAGAGGCUCGAAACCUACAAAGAGAGGCAGCCCAGAAGAGAACCAAAAACAACAGGGACUGGGUUGUCCAAUGUAGGAGACGUCUCAUCUAUGCAAGGCCAAUUGUCAAUGGAAACGGUGCAUUAAAAAGGUCCAGGUCAUCAUCUAAAAACAUGUCCUUCACAGAGUCCAACAGUCCACUGGUGAAAGAUGCAUCAGCAGAUGGAAGCCUUAAUCCAACCUCCCAUACAGCGGCCAUGUCAGUAGAAGACCUUGGUUAUGCCAGUAGCCGUACUCCAUCCCCCAAAGAAUCGGUCAACACAAUAAAACCUAUUGACCUUGACAAUCUGCAGUUUCAAAAACUGCUUGGAAAGGGGAGCUACGGAAAAGUCAUCUUGGCAUCAGAGCCGGUCACACAAGAACUGUUGGCUGUAAAAAUUAUGACCAAGAGUCGUAUAGAGGACAAAAUCUUUGCAGAACUAAAAGUCCUCAAAAUUGCGGCUGGGAGUCGCUUCCUGACAUCUAUGCGGGCAUCUAUGGAGACACCUGAGGUUUACAUCAUAGCAAUGGACUACAUGGCUGGAGGAGAUCUGUUUAACCUGAUGAUGGAAUGGAUGCCGUUUGAUAUCCAGACAACAAGGCCUUUUGCGGCAGAGAUGGUCUGCGGACUCCAGUACCUUCAUGACCAUGGCAUUGUACAUCGUGACCUGAAGCCUGAAAACAUCCUCCUUGAUGACAUCGGACACAUCAGAAUCGCUGACUUUGGUUUAGCAGCAGUGAAUGUGUUUGGGGAGGACACAAUGAACGACUUUUUAGGCUCUACUGGUUACAUUGCCCCAGAGGUGAUGGACGGUGAACGAUACAACCAUCUGGUGGACUCAUUUGCCUUCGGCGUCAUCUUAUUUAUGAUGAGUGUAGGUGAUCAGCCGUUCUAUAGCCAAGGCUCAGUGGAGGAUUAUCAUCUGUCACUGCAGGAGGAUGACCCGUCCUUUCUACCGGGAAUGUGCCCUGAUGCCAUCAAUAUCAUAUCAGGGGUGACUCCUCUGCAAAUCUCCAUGUGGCCGACUGGCAAUAACAUCGUCCAUCAGAUCCCACCCGUUCUUCCACUCAGUAAACUGGGAGGAUGUGGAGUCCGGCAGAGCCCACCCGCCAUUCCAAUGGGACUUUUCUUCAGCUUCUCUGCAAAUCUCCAGAGGAAUCUUUUUACUACAAAAUCAUGGUCUUUUCGCGGGUUUUCACUCAGGUUAGAGGAGAGCUGUGUGCUUGGAGGAAGUGCGGACAUGGCGCAGAUGAGAGUCACCGAUUUCUUCGGGCAGCGGAAGCGAGCUGCGGCGGCGGGGCCUCUGGAGACGAAGCGGAGGAAGGUCCUUGCUGUGCAGGAGGCAGCUCCCCGCACCGUGACCCGCAACAAGAAGUUAGAGGACUUGUUGCGGCCGCCCAGCACCCCGGAGCGGUCUACGCAAGCCGAACCUCCUGCCUCUGCAGUGCCCGGCAGCAAGAAGCGGAACCGGCAGGCCUCAGACCCGGAGGUCACUCGCCCGGAGGUGCAGGGCAAGAGGUCAGCGCGGAAGAAGCUGAAGCUACCGGAAGAGGAGCCCCAGUGUUUGAGCCCAUGCUCCAAAGUGCAAGUCCAGUGUGAGACUUCUCCGUCUCUGGGAAAGAAGAUAAAGGACUUUGUCAAUGUGAAACUUUCUCCAAAAAGUAGUUUACCUGAGACUGGCCCAGCAGAGGUGCAGGUUCCAUCCAAGGAGAAUCUUGAAUUACAAUCUCGUCUGCAGAGGAUACAGGAGCUGAGUCAGAAACUAAAAGUUCCUGCUGCCCCUGUCGAAAGCAAAGUUACAAUCACAGACUUGAAGGCAAGGCUCAAAAAAGCUCAAGAACUUGAGUCUAAGAUCAGAGAGAAGAAAACUGUAGAAAAACAGAAGGCUGAGCAGGUAGAGGAGCCAAACCGGGAAAGUGAGAAGGCUCCAGCCUAUGAGCGGUUUCACACACUUGCCCAAGAUGUUCCACCAGGGCUCUCGCUGCCAUUUAGGUACAAAGUUCUUGCAGAAAUGUUCCGCAGCAUGGAUACCAUUGUUGGAAUGCUGUUCAACCGCUCAGAGACAAUCACCUUUUCAAAAGUGAAGCAAGGAGUCCAGGACAUGAUGCGCAAGCAGUUUGAGGAACGUAAUGUUGGACAGAUUAAGACUGUCUACCCUACAGCCUACACAUUCAGACAAGAAAAGAAUAUUCCCACAUUCAAGGAUGGAGUAAAGAAGACAGAUUAUCAACUUACUGUGGAGCCAAUUGUCCCAGAAGGGGAUAAGCUUGAUGGUCGCCUUCAGCUCACAGCAAGUCGCCUGCUGGAACGCAGGAAGCUAUUCCACAGAAGCCUUACCAGUAUUGUGAAGCAACACCACAAAUCUUUUUUGGCAACUUUAACUCCACCGAUGGUGGUGCCUGAUGAUCGUCUAACUCGCUGGCACCCAAGGUUUAAUGUAGAUGAGGUUCCAGAAAUAUCGGCAGCAGAACUUCCACAACCACCACAAGUAGACAAGCUGUCCACCGCACAGGAGGUAUUGACUAAAGCAAGAGGCUUGAUGACUCCUAAGAUGGAAAAGGCUCUUGCAAAUUUGGCUUUAAGAACUGCAGAGACUAAUACUGAAGACAAAAAGCCUGGUCCUUCAGAAGAGUCUAAACCUGCCCUGGCUGCAUCCAGUGCCCUAAAAGGAGUAUCUCAAUCCCUACUGGAAAGGAUUCGCGCUAAGGAAGCACAGAAGCUUCAAGCCAUGAUGACCCGCAAACCCCAGCAUGAGGAGCGUCUACUCAUGAUGUCCAGGUUGCCAGAGCUUGCCCGCAUUCUUCGAAAUGUCUUUGUUUCAGAGAAGAAGCCAGCCUUGACUGUGGAAGUUGUGUGCGACAGGGUAAUCUCCAGUUGCCGAUCAUCAAUGUCUCCAGGAGAGAUGGAGAAGCAUCUGUCGUUACUGGUGGAUCUGCUUCCAGACUGGCUCACAGUUCACCCUGUCAGAAAGGACACUUACUACAAAUUAAACAAGACUAUGGACUUGAAUCUUAUUUUGGAAAGACUGGCAAAGAAAAUGAAGGAAGAGGAGUCUCGCUGACAUGCUAGUUUUUUUUUGAGACUUUGUUUAUAGGUUUUUACAAGGAUGCAGUCCUUUUUUAAAUCGCUUUCCAGUUUGUGUGAAUCCAUGUUCUGGUGUCUAGACUUCUGCCAUCUUGGUGCUGCUAGUUUUGUGUAAAAUUGCAUUGAAGGGAAUAUUACAGGAAAAUGUAAAAUAAACCUGGAUUUUUUUUACAACUACAUCAAAAGUUUGCCAUGGCAGUGCUGUCAGUGGGAGUCCUUUUAUUAAAGGACUUAUGACCUUUUUUUGACCAGCCAUGCAACAAUUUGUUUUACGCUGUGUUAAACAGUUUGGCAGAACCUAGCCAGUUUACUAACACUUAUACCUAGCCACAGGUGUGAAUGUUGGCAACAAAAUUUAUCGGGUCAGGGGCUGUAGUAUCUUUUGACAGGUGCAUGGACUACCUUAGUUCCCCCCUACACUGCCAUAAUAUUUGGCUAAUUAGGUGAAGAUGAGACGGGUGUAAAAAGCCGGUCUUAAUAAAUGACCCAGUGUCUGUUUUUUAUAUUAACUUUUUAAAAGGCUUUGUCAGAGGUCAGCAACUGUAGGCUCUCCAGCUGUUGUGAAACUACAACUCCUACCAUGCACAGUUGCUCAGCUUGUUCUCAGAAAUUAGAAUGGUGUGUGCUGGGAGUUGUGGUUUCACAAUAGCAGGUAUGGUGGAGGCAGCUUCUGGAUUUUUCCCUUAGGGCUAAUGCACACGACUGUAUGCCCUCAGACAUAUGGUCCGUGAGUGGGCCAUAUGUCCUGAAGCGGCAUUGAUUGUGCACAUUGGGCUGCCUGUGGGACUAUUGUCCUGCACUCAUAUGAUAUGAGUGUGGGACAAUAGCCCUGUGGGUGGCCCCUAUGAUACUGUGCUUUCCCGUGAGCACAAUCAAUGCUGCUUUGGGGCAUAUGGCCCACUCACGGACCGUAUGUCUGAGGGCAUAGUCAUGUGCAUGAGCCCUUAAUUUGCAUUAAACACCCUUGCAAUACUUUUUUG